CCCGGCCCAGACGGCGCUGGGAGGGGGAGGCGAACGUGCGAGGGCGGGCUGACGUAUCAAAUGCCGGACAGGGCGCGUGUCCGCCAGCGCGCGGUGACAGUGCACCCAGUGGGUUCACGCGCUUUUUCGCUGCCAUCAGCGUUUCUUUCUGUCAUGGCAUCGGCUCCAUUCAUCCACUGGCUCAGUGCUGACUGGAUAACACCACAGACCGACCACGGGAGGACGGCAUUGCUGAUGGUAUAGAAGGCGAGUAAAUAGAGGACCUGGAGAGGUGAACGUUUGUGUACAGGAUCAUCAACCAUUCCUCAGCCAUGGAACAUUCAGCGGACAGCUCAACUUUACCAGGAUGGAGGCAUAUAUGUAUGUCCAUGUGCCUAGUUCUCUCAGGAUGGGUACUGGCCCUUGGCUCAGGGGAGAGAACCGUGUCGGCCAGCACCCAGACCAGCCUCUGCUCAUACACUGUCAUCGUCAACGAGUUUGACGUGUCCAAGUGUCCAACACUCAGCGACACCGCUCAGGCCGACGGCGUCGAGUUCCAGUCCCGGAAGUCGGAAACCGGAAGCAAAAAAGAUCUCCAAAACCCAAAUGCUCAAGUUUUUAGUAAUAUUCAACAUAAUUUAUACCACGACAAGAAAUCGGAUUAUAGGACAGAUAACGCGCGUAGCAGCAGCGGCAGAACUAGCGACAGUCAAGACGCAUCGAACUUAAGUCUGUUGGUUAAAGAUAUGGAAGCCAAACUGUUGGACGAGAUGGUUCGCAGCAGAGAGCUCAACUCAACCAUCUCGCGACACGAAGCCAUGCUGAGCAGCGCUGAAAAGAUGCUCGAGUCGUACAAGGCCAACUUCAGCAGCGUGUUCAGGACUAUGAUGCAGAUGGAGAGGAAGCUGCAGCAACAGCGCAAGAUCAACAAGUCGCUGAACAAGAAGCUGGCCAACGUCAUACUCGACGUGGUCGAGGUCAACAACGUCCUCACACACAAGCUGCCCACAGGGGACGCCACCAAGAGCAGCAAGAAGUUCGCGGUAGAGAGCAGUGCAGGCAGCAGGUCGUGUCCCGGGAUAACGGAGGGGGCCAAACAGUACAAAGACUGCCUGGAGAUCUACGAGGCCGGCCACCGGCGCAGUGACGUCUACUACAUCAAGCCCCUGUACACGGGCUGCCCCAUCCCCGUCUGGUGCGACAUGGACUCGCCCAACGCCGGCUGGCUGGUCAUACAGCGGCGCAAGGACGGGACGGUCGACUUCCGCCAGCUCUGGGACAAGUACAGGGCCGGUUUUGGUGACGUCAGUGGUGAGCACUGGCUAGGCAAUGACAACAUUUUCCUGCUCACCAACCAGGGGCGGUACCAGCUGCGAGUGGACCUGUGGGACUUCUCAGGGAACAGGGUCUACGCCAUCUACUCGAGUUUUAAAAUUGAUGGUGAGAGAGACGGGUACCGGCUCCACAUCUCAGGGUUCAGCGGCAGCGCCCAGGACUCCCUGCACAACCACAACAACAAGAAGUUCUCCACCACGGACCGCGACAACGACGCCCGGCGGGAGGCCAGCUGUGCCCAGGAGUGGGAGGCCGGCUGGUGGUUCGACAACUGCUGGUUCGCCCUGCUCAACGGACCCUACCACAACAGGAGCGACGUCUCCUGGAGGGGCCUGGCCUGGAACCACUGGAAGAGGGAGCAGCUCAAGGCAUCGGAAAUGAAAAUUCGUCCGCUAGAAGUCGGACAGCCUGAUCCUGACGAUUAGAAGAAUUCCCGAAUGACAUGUACACUAGGUUUUAAACUGCUAGCAAGUCGAGCUCUCAUAUGCUUAGCUUAGUUGAACAUCUACAGGCAUGAGUUUAUUAAACAGAGAUACUUUGGGUAUUUGUACACUAAAUUAAGCUUACAUAUUCAUCUACCAUCUCGACGAUGUUUGUCUUUAGAAGACGAGUAUUCGUGUAAGACUUGCAGAAGUUAGACGCUUAUGUCAGCUAAUGUGUUUGUUACAGUGCAAUCAGCUGAAUUAUAAUUCUUAGACUUAGUCAUUACACAUGUUUCCAAUAGGUAAGAGAUAAUUAGACUAGCCCAUCUUGCCAAAUGAUCUCAGAGAGCCGUCGACCUGUUGCUAUAGAAACUAAAGAUAGGACGUGGUCAGCUGACGGCAGACCCUGUCAAUGUACUCAGUGGCCGCGAGUGUUCCGCUCGUGUGACUAGACUAGCAAACGAAUGGCUGAUUGGUUGUUUGAUUCUACUGCUCGUGCAUCAUAUAACAGCUGUAGUAAAAAAAAUGUACGCUUUUAGGCUACAAAAGUAAGAAUGUAAAGUGCGCUUUUAGACUGUUUAUAUAACAAAUGUACAGUACGCUAUGGUGCUCUAUGAUGUAGAGUACAUCUAUUGUGUGUGAAAUGGCCAUAGGACGGGUGUGCGUGGACAGCAUUUGUGUUAUGAAGAGAAUCUGUGGACAUGAAAGGUGAAGACAACACGUGACAUGAAAUGCUCACGACACUCGUACUUCAUUGUGUAUGGAUCACUCAUCAACCGUUCAACUGUGUGUAGUUCUUCCAUGAUACCAGUUUAGUGAAAAAUGUUUCUUUCUACAAAGCCGAAUCCACGCAGUUUUUGGCCAUUAUGCAGCUUUAUAUUAAAUUAGAAUCUGCAUUAAAAGACAGGUGUCCUGUCGUUACAAGUCUUGUGUAAUGCUAGCUCAUUAAAUAUUGUGAAUAUGCACAUAUUUUUAUGUCAAACUGUCUAUGACCAUGGGUGGCUUCCCUUUCGGUAGGUAAAUUUCUUGGAUGACUUCCCCUCCCGACUUUUAAUAUGUUUUUCCUGCAACCAUCUGGGUCAAAGUAUUUGAAUACAUUUGACAUUGUUCAUUUCUUACAAUACACUUGAACUUUUAAAAACCUGUUUUUAGACGUUCGGAUGUUGCUAUUCAGGACGCUACUGAACCCAUCCAGUAGAACGAGUUGUCUGGAUGUAGUUCUUAGGGAACAUCAUU